AUGCCCUUGGGAUUUUUCCGUCUUUUCAUUUUAUUCACUUAUAUUUCAAACGUAUUCUGUAUAACUUGCUAUGAAUGUACAUCUUCACAAGGACAAGAAUGUAAAUAUACGGCAACCUCAUGUCAAUAUGGAUUUUUCGGAUGUGUUAAAAUUGCAGCUUUCUCGGGAGGAGUGGAUAAAAUGGGAAUGUGGUAUGAUCAGGAUAGACGGAUUAUUUCAAUGAUUCGAGGAUGUGCUAUAUUACCAUUUGGAGGAGCGGACAUGUGCGAACAAACAUCAAUUCUUGGCACACGAAUAUUGAAAUGUACAUGUUUUAAUGAUUACUGUAAUUCAUCAGGAGUAUUUAAUUUAUUCCACAUUAUAUUUUUAAUUCCCGUUUUAUUCUACGUUUUUGCAAUAUCGUACGAAUUUUAA